UUGAAUUGCAACUGCGCGUCUUUCAAUCCAUAUUCGCAGCUUUCCAGUAACAUAAACGAUCAGAACAAAAGUGCGUUCAUAUUUCUCGAGAACUCUGAGUCACCAAGACUUCCAUCUUUUCUAGCUUAUCAAAUUAGGACUAGAAUUGGGGGAUAUCAUUAUCCACGAACACAGCUGGGAAAGAGCUGCAAAGACAAUUUCUGCCCGUCAAACUUCACCUGCCACGAUGGCGAAAUAUUCGCCUAUUGUUGCUGA